AUUAAAUUAGUCGUACUAUAUCUAUCAAGAUUCAUACGCACAUCGUUCACAUUCAUGAGGAAAUAGUUAUCCCUUGAAUUGGCGGAAGUUUGACGAUACAUUCAAAAUGGGUGCAUCACUACUUUUUAAACUAACGGUUGGAAUUUGCAUUAUAGAAGUUUUCCUAACAAAUGUUGUUGCAGAUAAUAACACACAGAUGACUUGGCUUGCUGCUAGGGACUUUUGUGACAGUGUCAACUCUAGCCUGGUGGACCCCUUCAUCGAUAGCGUGUCAACAGAAGGAGCAUUCUGGACAAAUAGACACAUGGAGACACACUCCUCGUGGAUCUAUAUCGAAGGAUGCACCAAUACUUCCUCUCUGGAGACAAACAGCGACACCGGAAGAAAGAUAGCCUCGGUAUGGGAAUGUGAUAACCUGUGUAACCACACAGAAUUAUUCGGAACACAGAACUCUACUUGUUUCUGUCUUGAAAGAAACAGGACUGAUAUCAUUGAAGCGAACGCUUGUACAGUACAAUGUGAUAUUUGUACCGACGUCUUUCCAAUACAGUGUUGCGGAAGCACGGACCUUGUUACAGUAUUUGGAAAGCUUCAUAUCACAGGAAACCAAUUAAACCUCGACAAUACUAACGAAUGUCUAACGUGCGAUGGUGGUGGUAUGUACCGUUCACCCUCUUGCUCAGAUUCCCUUUAUUGCCCGUGCCACAAAGAAGGCAUAACGAGAGACAACAUUGAUUGGGAAACUUGCUUUCGGGUAGUAUGUGAAGGCGGUAUAAAUCCCAGACGAUUAAAAGAGCUAAUGCAAUGUACAGGUUCUAAUUACGAACCAAUAUGGCUACCUGUACGAAGACGGCAUUUUGACGAUAAUCCUGGACUUUGCUACAGAUGUAUAAACAAUACUUUGAACUGUCAAUUUGAAAGAUGUGAUCACAUUUACAAGUCUUCCUGUAGAGAGAAUUCAACUUUAAACGAAGCAAACUUCACCCUGAACAAUUCAUCAGAUUGCAACAAUUCCUUAAGCGUCUCUAUGAACUGGACCAGUUCCUCAAGCGUCUCAAUGAACUGGAACAGUUGUUUUGAAAGUUGUUUUCCAAACGAUACUGAAAAAGAGAAUGGGAAAGCUAGGAUUAAUGUAACAUUUCAAAAAUUAUCAAGCUGGGUUCAAAGUUUGGGUUGCAUCGAUGAGACGAAUCACAGUUUUCCACCCUCCAGUGUACGACACACGAUUCCCUUCCCGUCUAUCACUCUGUGUGAGGAAAUCUGUAAUACGAGUCAUCAUUUCAUUGUUAAGAAUACCACGUGCCUUUGUGUUGAAUAUCCUAAUGUAACAGAUCCAGCUGUUAACGAUUCUUGUACCCUUCCGUGUAAGGAUAUCCCGCCACUGGGACUAUAUUGCGGAGGGACAUCUGCAUUCAAUGUGUUCAAAACUUAUAAAGAAACUGAGAUAGUAAGCGCAGAUCUUUCACACAACUGUGUGUUGCUAAACUGUGAGGACUCCCCACCCUCACUGAUUAUAGUGAGUUGCAAUGACAACAUUACCCACAGCGGGCUAUGCGUCAAAUUCAAUGGUGAAAAAGGAUCGCACAUUGUCCAUAUGGGAACUUGGGAAUUCUCAGCAAACUAUUGUAAGGAGAGGAAUGAAUCUCUACCGUCCAGUUUAUCUCUUUGUAAUACUACUGUGUUCCGUGUCCAACAACAGUGGAGUGGACUGGUACGAGUAGGGACACCAGUAUCCAUUACAGACGGAAGUCAACCUGAUUCAUCAUCAGUGCUCGAGUUCAACUGUACACGCUGUGAAAACAUCACGUGUCGUUCUCUCAGCUGCAGCAGUAACCGUUCUGCUCUCUGUCAGAUAAAGAAUAUCAACAAUCAAAAAACCAUAAGUCACUCACUACAGACGCCAUCAGCUACCCAUCCUACAUAUUUUAUUACUGAUGAGGUGACGCCUUCAGAGAAUGACAGCAGCCAAAUAAAAGGUAUCAAAACACAGACAAUCAUGGCUGUUGUGAUCAGUCUGGUAGCCGUAUCCAUUUUUGUUGGUGUCACUUUCUUCUGUGUCAGAAAGAAAAUAUGUCACAAAGAUCAGGAUGGACCAAUAAGUGGAGAUAAUAGAGAACAAGUUACCUAUGACGAAAUACAGUUAACUGAACCCAAACUAAACACAAAUGGAAAUGUGAUUAAUGACAAAUACUGUGUACUAAAACCAUACCAAAAGAAUGUUAAAGAAGAAAAUCUGCAGGACAAUGAAUGUUAUGACCAUGUGGGGGACGUCGACAAGGAGAAGGAUUAUAAAAACUCUCAUUUAUACACAAACACAAACCUUACUGCAGAACAAAUUGACACGGGGGAAAAGGAAGGUCAUUUGUAUAACCAAUUAUUAGAGAAAAACUCUGUACCGGUUCAAGAUCUACACAUUUACAGUCACAUGACACCAGGUGACUCCGGAUGAUGAUCAUGGAUAUAACAUUGCUAAAAACGAAGAUUUGAAGAGGGUCACGGACUAUGAUAAUGUGAUCCUUAACGAAAGUAAUUCUUUAAUUCUCUUAAAUUCUCUAAAUUCUUUAACGAAAAUAAUUCUUUUGAAAUACCGAGAUUCAAAUGUGUAUGUUAUUUUCUUUCCAAAUACUCUAACAUUGGUUAUAACACUUAAUUUAACGCUUCUCUUUGACAUAUGACGGUCUCGGAGGGCGUCAUUCUACGCAUUUUUA